AGAGUGUAGAUUGCGCGGAAAAAUGGUGAAGCGUCUUCGUUGUCAACAGAAAAGCCCAAGCAAGCAGGUGCGAAGCCGUGCUAUGUUUGUUUCUUUUUCUCUAUUUUGAUGUAAUUUCUUGUAAUAUCAAGCGAAAACACAAACUCUAAAGUCUCAGCCAGAUCUUGCAACAUCAACUGCAUAACAUUUGGGUGCUUGCCAGCAAAUUGCUUGUGUUGGUGCAACUUAUUUUCAGCCUGUGCUCUGGCACGUUUAAAGAAUCGCACUUUGUGGCGAUUGAUUUUUUCGUCAGACUGUUUGCAGUGUUUUACCAGAUCACUACAUUGAAAGGCAUUUCCAUCAUUUGGUGAUUUCAGACAUGAGUCUCUGCGUCUGAAAAACAUGUUCCUGGUUGUUGACAACAUCUAAAAACAUUUAUGUCCAAAGAAACCACUUUGACGAGAAUGAGCAUCAAUCGUCCCCUGACUCAGGUUCAACCAUAUUGGAACAACUCAACGGCCAUCAGGCAGGAGAUUCAGCGCUUUGAGAGUGUCCAUCCUUCCAUCUAUGCCAUCUACGACCUCAUCGAAUCCAUACCAGAUCCUAUCCUGGGACAGCAGAUUAGAGACAAUGUUGUGUGCAUCGAAGAUUCGUUCGUGAAUAGUCAAGAAUGGACGCUAUCGAGAGCGGUGCCCGACUUGCGUUUGGGUAUCGUCGGUUCGCUGGCGUCGGGCAAAUCGGCACUGGUCCAUCGUUACCUCACCGGCUCCUACAUGCAGGAGGAGUCACCCGAAGGCGGUCGAUUCAAAAAGGAGAUCUCUAUCGACAGCCAGUCUUACCUUCUCCUCAUCCGCGAUGAAGGCGGCUCACCCGAACAUCAAUUCACUGCCUGGGUGGAUGCGGUCAUCUUCGUCUUCAGCCUGGAAAGCGAAGCCAGUUUCAAUGCCAUCUACAACUAUCACGACAAAAUGGCGCAGUACCGCAACGCCGCCGAGAUCCCGUUCAUCCUCGUCGGCACUCAAGAUGGAAUUAACGAGGCGAAUCCACGGGUGGUGGACGAAGCGAGAGCUCGCAAUCUGGCGGCCGUCCUCAGACGUUGCUCCUACUACGAAACGUGCGCCACCUACGGGCUCAACAUCGAGCGGGUCUUUCAAGAUGCUUGCCAGAAAAUUGUGCAACAAAGGCUGAAUCCACUUGGGGCGCCAUCUGCUGGCGUCGUGAGUGCGGCAGCGGCUCAACGUCCGACGACGCCUAAUCACUACUCCCUUGGCCGGCACUACAAUCAACAACAACAACAGCACGCGACCGGCAGUACGACGUCCAUCACGACCGGUGGCGGAGUCUCUGGACCCACCGGCGUGGCCGGCAGCGCCACGCCACGGCGGACGAACAGCAACCACAAUAUGACGGGCAACAACAGUGCGAGCAGCAGCGGCAACAGUAGCACCAGCAACAACAGCAACAACAACGCGGCCGCCAAUAACACGCUCGUUUCCAGCGGUUCGACCUCCUCGUCCGUCGCAGUCGCACCUCCCGCCGAGAAGCAUCUCAACGCUAUGGGUCCUACGACGCAGAGUUCACAAUCCGGCAACGCCCUGGGAUCGGCUGAAAGUCUGGCGCUGCUCCGCAGCACGCCACCGUCCACCAUUGACACGCUGUCGGUGCCGGGCAAAGAUAAGGACGGCAAAGAUUUGCCGACGCCUAGUUCGACGCCCACGACAUCGAGGAAAUCGCGUCGGCGAUCGAACUUGUUCACGCCUUCGUCAUCCAAGAAGGAGGACAAAGACAAAAGCGAAAAGGACAAAGCCAAAAAUAGCAAUGGCGGAGGCGAGUUGGGCAGCGGUCGAGCCAUUCCCAUCAAACAAGGUUACCUGUACAAGAGAUCGCACAAUGCGCUCAACAAAGAUUGGAAGAAGAAGUACGUCACCCUGGGCGACGAUGGCAAGCUCACCUAUCAUUCGAGUCUACACGAUUACAUGGAUGACUCGCAUGGCAAAGAGAUCUCGUUGCAGUACGUGACGGUCAAAGUGCCUGGUCAGAAACCUCGUGGAUCUCGUGGCACGCAACUGCAACAACAGCCGACCCCUGGAGUGGCACUGACACCUGGGCUGGUUCCAGGUGCCAACGGAGUCUUGAACGAACCCAUCACGACCGGAUUUCCGGGCAAUAAAGAUAAGCGUACGGAAAAGAACACGGUCAUGCUGACAGCGUACGAAGUGCUGAAAGACCCGGUUAGUCGCAUGCUGAUGGGUAGUGGAAAUGGAGGAGAUGAUCCAUCGUCACAGAACGCCAUUAACGGCGGAAUAGCCGACAAUAGUGCGAAAACGGAAACGCCCAGUGUCAAGAAGAGACACAGGCGCAUGAAGAGCUCGAGCAACAAAGCCAACGAUCUCGAUGAUUGCGAUGGAUACGAAUUCCAGAUUGUUUCUUUGGACAAUAAAAUUUGGCAUUUCGAGGCUGCCAGCGUCGAAGAGCGCGAAGAGUGGGUGACUGCCAUUGAACAUCAAAUACUCAGCUCACUGCAGGGAAAUGAAAGCAGCAAAUCCAAAUCGCGGAUGAACAGUCUGGUCGAUGCUGCCUCCAUACAAUCAUUAAGAUCGACAGUCAUCGGCAACGCGAACUGCGCCGAUUGCGACGCUCCUAAUCCCGACUGGGCUAGUUUGAAUCUCGGAGUUUUGGUGUGCAUCGAAUGUUCGGGCAUCCACCGCAAUUUGGGCUCGCACAUUUCCCGAGUUCGAUCGCUCGAUCUAGACGAGUGGCCACCUGGGCAUAUCGCCGUCAUGCUCGGUUUGGGUAACACGCUCAGCAACAGUAUAUGGGAGGCAAGGAUAAGAGGCGUUAAACCAGGACCGCAAUCGAGCCGAGACGAUAAGGAGCGUUGGAUUCGUGCAAAGUAUGAACACAAGGAAUUUUUGGCUUUGCCUUCGUCUUCCGGCUCGCUCGGUCAACAGCUGAUUGACGCAGUCUGCCGCUCCGAUUUGAAAACGGUGGCCUUGCUGCUGGCCCGAGCCGGACCAGAGGACGUGAACUGUAGCGUGGCUGUCCGUGAUCUGAGAACGCCCCUCCACUUGGCCGCCACCUUAGGCAAUUUGGCUCUAGUCCAGCUUUUACUCUGGCACAACGCCAACGUUAAGGCACUUGACCAAGAAGGUCGGACAUGUCUAACCUUUGCACGAGUCAGCAAUUCGCCCGAUGUGAUUGAGCUGCUCAUUGCCAAUGGGUGCCCGGAAGGACCGUCUUCGAUUUCCAGUUUCAGCACUCUCAACCGCCGCAAGACCAUCAACCUCACGAGCACCACUAAUCUGAUGGGCAAAGCCGAACAGGGUCUUUAAUGUUAAACGGCCCGUUCAACAACCAACAGCCAGUCACAGCACGUUGUUCAAUUUGUCAACACAAACUCACACAGACACUAUUGCAUUUGUUUCUAUAGAGCAAACAAUCACGUAUUUUGUUUUUUUUGUGUUUUUUUUUGUUGUCACUUUUUCUUUUUCUCCCCUUGCCACAAGUCCUUUUGGGUAUUGGGUAUUGGGAAUCCGGAAAUGAGUUGCAAACAAAUGUACCAGUUUAAUAUUUGCGUUGUAGGAAAGACAAUUCCGUCCGUCAGGCGUUUAUGCCCGGAUUUGUCUCUCAGUGAACAGUUUUUCAUUCUUCUUCUUCUUCUUCUUUUAUUUCAUAUUGCUCUCUUUAUUUCCCCGUACUCACGUCAAAAUUCAUGCAGCACCUACAUGCACGUCAUUUUAAACACCACACUCUUGUCCCUUUUACUUAUCCCCUCUCAGACGUGUUAUUUUGAAGAGAAAAAUGACAAAAUUUUAUGACAUUCCGUCUCUUUUUCGGGUUAUCCACGUUAAAUUAUAUGCCCUGUAGGAUAAAAGUGAAAAACUCCUUGCCUCGCUAUCCUUUCUGAGAAUGUUGUUUUCUUUUCUUUUUCGUUGACGAGCAACCAAUUGUUUGUUUGUUUAUUUCUCUUUUUCCUUUAGUUUGGAAUCGGCUAAGUGUCUAGUUAGAUUGUUGAGUGGUGUCUACCACUUGACGUGAAAAGGAAUGGCACAAAUUCAGUGAAGUGGCAAUCUAUUUAUCUGAUUGGUUUGGUAUCGCCCUUGAUAGAAAAAGAUAACAAAAGUUUGGCGUUUAAUCGCGUUUCUUAUUUGUGGUGUGUGUACGUGUGUCUGUAUGUAUGAGUCUGGCCCUGUAUGCAUUACGAAAAGAAAAAAAAAGAAACAGGAGAAAGUUGAAGUUCAAUAAAGGUGUCCUGUCAUUGUUA